AUGGUGGGCGAGGUCGAUCAGAAGGAAGCCCUGGCCUGCGGUCAGUUCCGCCCUCUGAUCCGACGUGAGAUCGAAGCAUAUGGUGCCAACUUUGGUGUCGAUGCUGAGUUGAUCUCCCAUUCUCGCAUACGUGGUCUGUCUGGUUCCCAGCGUUUCAAGGUCCUUCUUGCGGCUUGCACGUGGCAACACCCUCACUUGAUCGUUCUGGACGAGCCCACCAACUACCUUGACCGUGAUUCCCUCGAUGCCCUCGCAAAGGCUCUGAAAGGGUUCGAGGGUGAUGUUGUCAUCAUUUUCACAAUGCCGAAUUCACCGAGUGACUGCGACCAAGCCGAGGUGCUGCAGUGA